AUGUCAGAGAACUUCUUGCCUGAUAACAGAAGUUACUAUACUUUUUACAAAGAGCAGACAACCUGGAACAACUAUUAUAAGUAUGCAUGUCACUUCAUUCCAUUAUUUACUGUUCCAAUUUACGCUGAAGCACUUUACUGUAUUCUUUACAAAUGCAAACCGCUCAGCCCGAAAUAUGUCGCUAUGCUACAAUUAAAUAUGUUUUUUCAUUUUCUCGGAGAAGUAUUUUGGUCAACUAUGCUCGUACCGGUUAUUGUUCUUCCAUGUGUUGGCCUGUCAGUUGAGGGAUUAUGGAGUGUGCUACAUAUUCCAGGCAAGUACCAGAUCUUCAUAGUGGUGGCAAUUUUACAAUUUAAUACUGCUACAAUUACUCAUCUUCUCAUUUAUCGUCUGAAAUUCGCUAUUCCACCGGAUGCUAAGUAUAGAAAAUAUGUCAAACUCAGCGCUGACGUUGCGAAAAUAUUCAUUUACUUCACAGUAAUUUUUUGUACUUGUGCAUUUAGUUUGUUGAACGAAGACCAAGGGUCUUUGAAGAACAGAAUCAUGCAGAAGUUUUUGGUACCUCCACCCAACUUAUGGGACGAUCGAUAUGUCUUAACUGAUAGAGAUAGGGCGAACUUUCAAUUAUUUCUGUAUAUUACUAUUGGAGAAAUUGUAGUCUUUGUAGCCAACAUCAUAAUUAUUCCAAUUAUUGCAUUUCAUUAUCUUUCUGCUCAUCGAACAGAAAAAUCUGAUAGAUUAGCCAAAGCUCACAAGAAGACUCUUCAAGUUUUAAUUUUCCAGUUAGCAAUCUACUGUCUAUUUCAUCUUUUACCCAUGGUUUGCUUGACUUGUUCAGCUAUAUCCGAAGCGAGAAAUGUAAUUUUUCUUUCAUUAGGAAUGCUUAUUUGGGCAUUGCACGGAUCAGCAUAUACUCUUACUUUGAUUCUUGCGAACAAACCGUUACAUUUGGAAUACGUUUUCUGUUGUAUACUCUGCAAUUUUUCACCAAAAACUCCAAACAUCGGGAGACGAAGAGAGUCAAGUGUUAUUCAGAAAAUUGAUUUUCCAACUUAA